AGAAAAUCAGUGUGUAAACACAAGGAAGAACUUGACAAAAUUAAAGUAAAUCAGAACACGAAUCUGGUUCUAAUAUUUUUUGAUAAAGAGGAAAUAGAGACAUAACGAUGGGAAUUUACGUCAAAAUCUUUGCCAUUAUGGCUGUAAUGUGCGUCGUUAGUUGUUUGCCAAUUGAUGAUGUUCAAAAAGUCAAUGAACCCCAAGUUGAUCAAUUAGCAGCUGAAAGCUCAUUAAUCACAGAUAAUGACGAUUUGAGCGAUGAUCUUACAAGAGAUAAAAGACAUCAUAGACCGCAUUAUGGAUAUUAUGGAAAUUAUAGAUUCCCAGUUGGCGGGUAUUAUGGAGGAUACUACCCUUAUUCUUAUGGAUAUCCAUCCUAUGGUGGCUUUGGAUAUGGGUUUGGAUAUCAACCAAUUGGAUUUGGAGGAUAUGGAGGAUUUUGGGGUUAAAUUUUGACAGUUUCAAUCUUCUUGAAAUGUGCUCAGAAAUUUCUUUGAAUAAUCCAACUUCUUAAGUGCUUAAAGCCAUACAUUCAGCAGGUUUAUAAUAGUGAUACUCAAAUGUCUUGUGAAUAAUUUCCAUUUUUCUUAAAU